GCUAUCAUGCAGUUGUGUAAUUUGAGAAGCACAUACACAAAACAAGAUAGCAUAUGCAGAAUUUGACAGCUGCCUGGCUUGAGCUAUUUGUUCAAAUCAUAAUUAUUCCUAUGAUAAAUUAUUCAUUUUGCCCAAUUUCGCGGGCUACUGGACUUAACAUUAUCAGCGUUUAUGGCCACUGACUUGUUAACGAAUAAUGUUUGGUUUGCUCUGGAUCAGGACGCGCUCGACAACCAUAAACUCGCCGCACCACCACUGGCACGCGGGAUGAGAAGAGGAGGAGAAGAAGAAGACGGAGAAGGACAUGGACAAGUCCUCUACAACGUGAGGAAUACAAUCAGUGGCAGCUCUUCAUUCCACGACUACAAUCUGGGUAAAUCUGAGAUGGACAAAUAUCUGUCCCCUUAUCCUCAGGAAGUCCCAGACUCCAGACAGACAUCUUUCACAGAGGACCUUAGUUCCCCAUGCAGCAUCAACAUGAGCCUUCUCUUCCCUGACAUCACUUACCUGAGACCGGGCAUAUGUCGGCCUAGGAGACCCAUCAAGACAGAGCCUCUCUCCCACUCCCUCAUGCACCCCAGUUGCCACGGCAACCUUGGUCCAACAACCCUUCUAGAACACCCUGGGCUUUAUGGUGCUUCAACAGACACAGGAAGUAGCAUGUUCAUCAAACAGGAAAUGCACACCCUGGACUUCCCAGAUGUUCCGUUGUUCCAGCUAUUGAACUCUGAGCUAGAGCAGCUGGUGCCUAGUCGUCCAGUGAACUCAGACCUCCACAGCGGGGUCCCCGUGUCCGCCUUGUCGUUCCCUUUCAGCAACGUCCACUUAUCAUCCCCCCAGAGUGCUGUCAAAUCUAUGGGAUGCCGACAAAAUGGUGGCUAUACUCUGCAAACCCAGUUCGCAAGCCAUUCGCAGCAGCGACCAGCCUAUCUUCCUCUAUCUCCGCCCAACUCCAAGCCAGGGAGCCCGGACAGAGGAAAAGAGCUGAUCCAGAAUCUGUUUCUGCCUCCAUCCUAUGCAGCAAGGAUUGCCUCGAAUCUGAGUCCUGGUCUUAUGCCAGUCCAAAGCUCAGGUCUAGGACUUGUUCAGAGUCCAGGUCUUGGACAAGGCCAAAGUUCUAGUCUUGGAGCAGGCCUGAGCCCCGGUGUUGGGCCAGUGUCCCCAGCAUUGGCCCAGACAGGUCCGGGGAGGUGUAACCGCAGGAAUAACCCUGACCUGGAGAGGAGGAGGAUACAUCACUGUGACUUUUCAGCAUGUAAGAAAGUCUACACCAAGUCCUCCCAUUUAAAGGCCCAUUUGCGGACACAUACGGGAGAGAAGCCAUACCAAUGCUCCUGGGAGGGGUGCGAGUGGUGCUUCGCUCGUUCCGACGAGCUGACUCGACACUUCAGGAAACACACAGGGGCCAAGCCCUUCCAGUGUGGUGUGUGUAACCGCUGUUUCUCCCGGUCUGACCACCUGGCUCUACACACGAAGAAGCACCAGAGAUAGGGAAACCUACAUAAAUCAUAUUUUUUUAUUAGAUCUAAGUCAAAUGAAACAUUAUAUUUAAGUUAAUCUCAACACAAUACAAUUGUGACUGCAACAUGGGUGUAGAUUUUCCAUGAAUUUAUUUUAGUAAAUACUGCCAUAGUUAAUUUUUUUAGUAAGAGCUCAAAGGUGGAUUGAGUCAAGCUAUAAUGACAAACGAGCUACUUUUAGUAUCUCUAUGGUUUAUCUACAGCUGUUUCCCAAACCUCUGCACAAGUAUCCCUAGCUAUUCCACGUAUUUGAUCUAUUCCGGUACUAGCACAUCUGAUUCAACCAAUCAUGUUUGAUGAUGAGUUGACCAGUUGAAUCAGGUGUGCUAGUACUGGAAUAUAUCGAACAAGUGCAACAGUUGGGGGUACUCAAUGAGAGGUUUAGAAAAUGUAAACCCAGAUCUACUGUAUCAUCACUUCCUUUUGGCACUGAAAGACAAUAUUUGACAAUGUAUUGCUAUUGACAUUUAGGUAUAACUACCUUCCAUUGCUGUAGACCAUGUACAAAGGGAAGUCGAAGUAUUUUUAAAUAUAUAUUGUUAAAAAAUAAUAUCAUGCAUUAUACUGAUUCUACUGAUUUUCUAAGUGCCUUUUAAAGCUAGACUCCUUAGUUGCUACAUCCAUUUUUGGACUCAUAAAUGAAUGACAUAUAACCAUUGAUUCUUGAGGUAUAUAACUUAUAAAUGCCUCAUGAGCUUAGUUCAACUUGUUUUACUUGUUUUACAAUGUUUGUAAACUGCAUAAAUGUGAAACACUGUAUAGCCUCCAAACAUGGUUAAAACUAUACAUUUGAUGCAAUGAAUGGACAGUCCUUACAUCUAUGAAUUUGAGUGGUUACAUUUCUCCAGCCCAAUCCCUUCGAUUUUUAGCAAAACAAACAGGAGUACGCUUUGUUAUUGUUUAAUUAAGGAUUCUACCUGUAAUGUUUUAUAAAUGAAUUAAAGAUGACGUGAAAGACCAGUCUGGUACACUGUAAAAACAACUUGAUUACUGCCUUUCUUGUCUAUACAAAAAUGUAAGAUACUGUAUGUACUGUGUGUUGUAAAUUUGAUUAAAUGCAUUUAAUAAGA